CUCGCCCAGAGCUUGGAACAGAGAGCUGAAGGGGGCCAUGUGACAUCCCUCCUGGACCCCUGGACACGCACAGGACCAGAGACCUCAGCCUUGGAGCAUGGCAAGUCCCAAGCAUGCCAGAAGCCCCGGAUGGACAAGACCCAUAUCCCAGUGCAUGGCAGGGGCCAAGCCGAAAGCAUCAGCCCCUGGCCCAGACCUCCCACUUCCAGGACCUGAAGAGCACUUAGAUGCCCACGACAGCCAAAGCUCCAACUCCAGCAUGACCACGCGGGAGCUGCAGGAGUACUGGCGGACCCAGAAACACUGCUGGAAGCACGUCAAGCUGCUCUUCGAGAUCGCUUCUGCCCGCAUCGAGGAGGGGAGAGUCUCCAAGUUUGUGAUGUACCAAAUCGUCGUCAUCCAGACGGGGAGUUUCGACAGCAACAAAGCCAUCCUGGAACGACGUUAUUCAGACUUCGAGAUGCUCCAGAAGAAACUCCUAAAGACCUUCCGGGAAGAGAUCGAAGAUGUCGUCUUCCCCAAAAAGCACCUGAUGGGGAACUUCACCCCGGAGAUGAUCUCCGAGCGCAAGCUGGCCCUCAAAGAGUACCUAGGCCUGCUCUACGCCAUCCGCUGCGUGCGUCGCUCGCGAGAGUUCAUCGAUUUCCUCACGCGGCCCGAGCUGAAGGAGGCCUUCGGCUGCCUGCGUGCGGGGCAGUACACCAAGGCCCUGGACAUCCUGGUGCGCACGGUGCCGCUGCAGGAGAAGCUGACGUUGCACUGCCCCGCGAUGGUGGUGCCGUCCCUGUGCGCCAUGCUGGUGUGCCACCGCGACCUGGAGCGCCCCGCCGAGGCCUUCGCCGCCGGGGAGAGGGCUCUGCAGUGCCUGCAGGCCCGGGAGGGCCACCGUUACUACGCCCCGCUGCUGGACGCCAUGGCCCGCCUGGCCUACGCGCUGGGCAAGGACUUUGUGUCCCUGCAGAAGAGACUGGAGGAGAACCAGCUCCGGAAGCCCAGCCCCCGGGGCUUCACCCUGAAGGAGCUUACGGUCCAAGAGUAUCUGUACUGA